AUGGAGUCACAAGCCAACAGGCCUCAUCGGCCGUCCAAAGAGAAGAAACAGCCCAAAAAGGGAGAGAAGAACGUCAAGGCCUUCGCCGUCGCCAGGCCUGGGCGACUUGCAAAGCAAGCGGUGCGGUCUAGCGACAUCAAGGAAAAGCGCCUUCAUGUACCCCAAGUCGACAGAAUUCCGGAAGAAGCCCCUCCUAUCGUCGUUGCCGUCGUUGGCCCUCCCGGCGUCGGAAAGACCACCCUCAUUAAAAGCCUGAUCAGACGCUACGCAAAACAGACGCUGUCGCACCCGACGGGCCCUCUUACCGUGGUGACCUCCAAGAGAAGACGCCUCACCUUUCUAGAAUGUCCCUCCGACUCGCUCGCUGCCAUGAUCGACGUUGCGAAGAUCGCCGACAUUGUCCUCCUCAUGAUCGACGGCAACUACGGUUUCGAGAUGGAGACGAUGGAGUUCCUCAACGCCCUGAGCGUUUCUGGCAUGCCGGGGAACGUCUUUGGCAUCCUCACACACUUGGACUUGUUCAAAAAGCAGAGCACGCUCCGCGCGGCCAAAAAGAGGUUAAAACACAGGUUCUGGUCGGAGCUGUACCACGGGGCAAAACUGUUCUAUCUGUCUGGUGUGAUCAACGGACGAUACCCUGACCGCGAGAUCCACAACCUAUCGAGGUUUCUCUCGGUCAUGAAAAAUCCCAGACCGCUGAUAUGGAGGAACAGCCACCCGUAUUGCCUCGCAGACCGUUUCCUGGACGUGACACCGCCCACGGAGAUUGAAGAGAAUGAGAAAUGUGAUAGGCAGGUAGCACUGUACGGCUAUCUUCGAGGCACAAACUUCCCAGCGGAGGGCGCGCGAGUGCACGUCCCGGGCGUGGGAGACUUGACAGUCAAAGAAAUUGAAGCUUUGCCCGACCCCUGUCCAACCCCCUUCCUCGACCAGGCGAUAGCCAAAGCGACGGGAAAAGCUCACCGACGAAAACUGGGCGAGAAACAAAAAGUUCUUUUUGCACCCAUGUCUGAUGUUGGUGGCGUUCUGGUUGACAAAGAUGCCGUCUACAUAGACGUGAAGACGAAUACUUUUGACCGGGAGGCAGAAGACGCAGACGAGAGAGGGCUUGGCGAACAACUUAUGAUGAGUCUACAGUCGGAACGGAAGUUACUUGGGCAGGCGGACAUUGGCGUCCGGCUGUUCCAGGGCGGUCGACAGCUCACAUCGGAUGAUCCUGCGGAGAACGAUACUGGCCGUAAGACGAAAAGGGGGAUUCGAGCGUUUGGUGACAAGGGCGAAUAUGCCGAAGACAUCGAGGACGAUGAAGACGAAGGGUUUGUCAGUGGGGAGGACGAUAGCGAGGCAGACGAGGACGAAACCAACGAUUUCCCCGAGCAUUCGGGAAGACCAGGGUUCAUCGCUGAAGAUGAAUCCGUCGAGCGUGAGGGCGAAGACGAUGUUGCAUUUGCUGAAAGCGACUCCGACAUGGGCUCCGUCUCAGGUGACGAUGACGGCAGCAGGGAUUUCUCAGCUGAUGAGCUUGAGGCUUCUGAUGAAGAGGAUGAGGACGAUGGAGGUCUUCGUUGGAAAGAGAAUCUUGCUGAAAGUGCUCGAAAAUUGCAUUCCAACAAAGUCGCUUUCCGAGCUGCCGAUCUUUCCAGAUUGAUGUAUGAUCUCACUCUAUCGCCCUCCCAAGUAAUGUCGAAAUGGGCCGGACAAAAGGUGGGAGAGGACGUGGCUGCUGGCGAGGAUGAAGAUGAAGACGAUACCUUCUUCAAGAAAGCAAAGACUGAUCAAGAGACCACCCUUGAGGACCGACAGACGCCCAAGUACGAUUAUGACGCAUUGGCUGAGAAGUGGGAGGAUGAGGAGCAUAUCCAAUCACUGAUGUCCCGCUUCACCAAAGGCUCAAUUGCUACUGGAGGUAAUGCAGAUUCAGAGGCCGAAGGCGAGGAGGCUGAGGACUACGAAGAUGACGAAUCUGAUGAAGGGGAUGGUGAAUUUGAAGAUCUGGAAGCGGCAGCGGACGAAGACUCAAAAGCUACAGCUGAGCUCACCCUUGAAGAAGAGCGGGCUCAAAACGCCAAACGAAAAGAAGAACUGAAGUUACGCUUCGAGGAAGAAGACCGAGAAGGCUUCGCUAAUGCCGCAAAGAAGGAUAUCGAAGCAGCAGAGCAAGAGUUUGGCGAGGAUGAGUGGUACGACGCGCAAAAAGCGAUGCUUCAGAAGCAAGUUGACAUCAAUCGAGCAGAGUUUGACAGCCUCGACCCCGUCUCGCGAGCAAGAGCCGAGGGAUUUAAGGCCGGGAGCUAUGCACGGAUAGUGUUGGACAAAGUGCCUUACGAAUUUGUGCGCUCGUUCAAUCCGAAACUACCUGUUAUCGUUGGGGGACUGGCACCUACUGAAGAUCGGUUUGGAUUUGUGCAGGUUCGCAUCAAGCGACAUCGGUGGCACAAGAAGAUCCUCAAGACGAACGAUCCACUCAUCUUCUCCCUCGGCUGGCGGCGGUUUCAAACAUUGCCUCUUUAUUCGAUAUCGGACUCGCGGACUCGCAAUCGAAUGCUGAAAUAUACCCCCGAGCAUAUGCAUUGCUUCGGCACCUUUUAUGGACCGCUCGUUGCCCCAAAUACUGGAUUUUGCUGUGUCCAGUCAUUCUCCAACGCCAAUCCAGGGUUCAGGAUAGCAGCGACCGGGGUGGUGCUGAAUGUUGAUGAGACCACCGAGAUCGUCAAGAAGCUGAAGUUGACGGGACACCCAUACAAGAUCUUCCGCAACACAGCCUUCAUUCGCGAUAUGUUCAACUCGUCUAUCGAAAUUGCCAAGUUUGAGGGGGCAAGCAUCCGCACCGUUUCUGGGAUUCGUGGACAGAUCAAGCGAGCCCUCAGCAAGCCUGAAGGGCACUUUCGAGCGACCUUCGAGGACAAGAUCCUCAUGUCUGAUAUUGUUUUCUUGCGAGCAUGGUAUCCGGUCAAGCCACAUCGAUUUUACAACCCAGUCACGAAUCUCCUAGACGCGCCUCCCACAGGCGGUGCAGAUGCUGGGGAAGAAGGACAAGGCCUUGAUGAUGGAUCUAACGGAUGGCAGGCCAUGCGUCUGACCGGCGCCGUGCGAGCGGCGAUGGGUAUACCAACUCCCUUGGUGAAAGAUUCAGCAUACCACAAGAUUGAACGGCCAGUUCGUCACUUCAAUCCGCUGCGGGUCCCACGGACUCUGGCCGCGGAUCUUCCAUUCAAAUCUCAAAUCACACAACAAAAGGCACGCAAGGCACCAACAUACCUCCAGAAACGAGCAGUUGUCCUGGGAGGAGAAGAGAAGAAGGCACGCGAUCUCAUGCAAAAACUGCAGACCUUGCGAAAUGAGAAAGCUGAGAAGAGGGCCAAGAAGCAGGAAGAAAGACGGGCCGUGUAUCGUAAGAAGGUGGCCGAGAACCUGGAGAAGAAGGAAGAGCGAGAGAAAAGAGAGCGAGACGAGUUUUGGAGACGAGAGGGCCGCAAGCGAAAGACAAACGAGGGGAGCGGCGGAGGAGGAGGGAAGCGGCCCAGACGAUGA